GAAUGUAGAUCUCCUCUGGAUGGUUUUGAGGUUGUGUGAAUACACUAACUAAACCAACCACCAACAGGUAUUCUAGCUAUGGAUUUUUUUAUUUGUCUUUUUUAACGUAUACUUUUUUAACCCAGACCUUCACCAUUGAAUAUCAUUUUCUAACAUAGGCAUGUAGGAUAAUUGUUUUAGCUCAUGGCCCCAUGUGGUGAACCACGCACAUACAGAGGAAUUAUUUUUACUGCAGCCAGUGGAGUCGAGAUAUGAGAAGCUGUGCUGUGUCACACACCCUCUACGUCAGACUACUCUUGCCUCGAACUUUUCUCCCUCAUUCCCUUCACUCACGGCUGUCACCUUCUCCUGUAAAGUUGCCCCGGUAGAAUGAAGGAGGACAUUCAUGAAAUGAGUAGCAGAACGAAUGAGAAAUUCCGUUUACGCAAAGGAUUCGAUAGAAAAUAUUUGCACAGGUAAACUUCACAUGCAGCCUUUCACUCAAGAUGGCCAGCCAGAACAAAUGCUACCAUGACGAGCCAAUGAGCUUCUUCUACAACAACAGCAACCAGACCAAAGACGACUGGAACUCCACACAGCUCAUUCUGGUCCAAGUUGUAGGCUCCCUCUUCUGCUGCUUUAUCCUGGUGUCCAACGCCAUGGUCAUUGCCGCCAUCAUCACCAACAAGAGGUUCCACUACCCGUUCUACUAUCUCCUUGCCAACCUGGCCGCUUCAGACUUCCUCGCUGGAAUAGCCUACGUAUACCUCAUGUUCAACACCGGGACGGUGUCCAGGAAACUAACCGUGAGGGGCUAUUUCAUUCGUCAAGGGCUUCUGGACACCAGUCUCUCAGCCUCUCUGGCGAACUUGCUAGUGAUCGCCUUGGAGCGCUACAUCUCUGUGAUGAACUGGAAGGUCCACAGUAACUUGACCAAGCGGCGGGUGACCCUGCUCAUCGUGCUGGUGUGGGCCAUUUCUAUCUUCAUGGGCACCGUGCCCAGCCUGGGGUGGAACUGCAUCUGCAACCUUCAGGACUGUUCCCAGCUGGCGCCCAUCUUCAGCCGGAGCUACGUGAUUUUCUGGUCCGUGUCCAACCUGGUUUUGUUCCUGGUCAUGGUGUCCAUCUACCUGCGGAUUUACACCUACGUCAAGAGGAAAACGGCGGUGCUCAGCCCGCACACCAGCGGCUCCAUCAACCGCAAGAGGACACCCAUCAAGCUCAUCAAGACAGUCAUGACUGUGUUAGGGGCAUUUGUGAUCUGCUGGACGCCGGGCCUGGUGGUGCUGCUGCUAGACGGCCUCCAUUGCCAGCAGUGCGAGGUGAUGCUCUUUAAGCGCUGGCUCCUCCUGCUGGCAGUACUCAACUCGGUCAUGAACCCUGUCAUCUACUCCUACAAGGAUGACGAGAUGUGGACCACCUUCAAGAACCUGCUUCGCUGCGUGGGCAAUGGCACCCGGCGCCAGCGCUCGUCCAGGGCCAACGCCCGGCCCCUCAGCUCAGCCCAGGACACGGGCACCACGCCGCAGACCUCUGAGGAGAAGGAGACCACCAAGGGCUCGGACGCCCAGGAGAUGCUCAAGGCCUGAAUCAAGACCUGAGGCAAGCAAGGCCGUUGUGGGAGUGUCUCUACAAGUGGAUGUAGAGAGACACAUAAAGACACAGAUGGGUCUUCUAUGGUCCAAUGUUGUCUUCAGUGUAGCUGACUGGUUUAAAGGGCAGCUCAAACUGGGUCUGGGCCUUAGUGGAGGAUUCCUAGAGGAGUGACGGGCCAUCCCUACUCUGCCCAAUAUGGGAUAUUAGCCUGCAAAUUAAGUGGGCGACUACAGUAUAUCCAAAUGGCUGAAGAAAGAUGUUGUGAUAUGAAGUAGACAGUGGUAUAAUGGUACAUUUCCUGUUUUUACCUCAAUCGUUUUUUUUAAGAUCUUGAAAAGAGUAACUGAUGCUUUUUCCACCGUAUAACCUUUAAGUCUCAUGGAUUUGUUUCAUCAGGGUAUUAAUCUUGCCCUUAUUUCAUUUUGAAAACAAAGUAAUGUACUUGAUGAAAUAGCAUUGUUCUUAAUACAUCAUUGUACUAUAGUACUAGGCUUAUUAAGGGUUAAAGAUGGUUUUCAAUUCUCAUUGUUCCUAUUUUUGAUACACCCAGGGAAUCAUAAUCUACUUUAUUUGGCUGCUAACAUCCCUGGAUGUUGUGUUAAUGAAUUGACAAAUUCCUUUCUAAUGGAAGGAAAGUAUGUGUCUCUCAACUAGAAUAGAUAGCACUAGUCCCAAUUUGCUCCCUUCCCCUUGCUCUUGUCCCUUACCUUAAAAUGUUUGCAGAUCUGAAGUGUCAGUGUAGUGGUGGAGCGUCCACCAUUUUGUGUGCCUUACAAUCUGCUAACAUCGAAGGAUUCGGGCCAAUGGGUUAAUGAGGGACGAUUAUUUGGAAACAUGUCAAACUUUUCUAAUGUCAAACUGCCCUAGAUACACAGUACAUGGCUAUUGGCACAACUGUCAUUUUAAAGGAAAACCGUUAAAUCCACCUUGCUUUGACAGUCAGUGGUCCAUGCAACACCCCAAAAGGAAGUAAUUUAUUUUGCCAGAUGCAUCAUCAGUACAUCUGUCACUCCCUUUAACACUACUACAUGUACAGUGCAUUGACUUUUUUCAAAUGUUGUUGUUACAAAGUGGCAUUAACGUUAAUUUCAUAGUCUUUCUUUUUCAAUGAUCUACACACACACACAAAAAAAAAAUUAAACACGAGUUCGGUGCUUUCAGAAUGUAUUCACACCCCUUGAAUUUUACACCUUUUGUUUUGUUUUGUUUUGUUUGUUUUGUUACAAACUGGGAUUAAAAUGGAUUUAAUUGUCAUUUAAUUUUUUUGUCAAUAUACACAAAAUAAUCUAAUGUCAAAGUGGAAGAAAAAUUCUAACAUUUGUAAAAAGUUAAUGAAAUAUAAAACACAAAUAUAUCUUCAUUAGAUAAGUAUUCAACCCCCUAAGCUAAUACAUGUUAGAAUUACCGUUGGCUGCAAAUACAGCUGUGAGUUUUUCUGGGUAAGUCUCACACCUGGAUUGUGCAACAAAACUAGGUUUUCCUCUAGGAUUUUGCCUGUGCUUAGCUCCACUCCCUAGUCCGAUUACAAGCAUACCCAUAACAUGAUGCAGCCACCACUAUGCUUGAACAUAUGUGGAGUGGUGCUCAGUUAUGUGUUCUAUUGGAUUAGCCCAAAAACAUAACACUUUGUAAUCGGAAAGAAAAUGUAUUGCUUCACCGUGUUUUGCACUAUUGCUUUAGUGCAGGGGUAUUCAACUCUCCCUACGGGGUCUGCUGUUUUUCUGUUCUACCUGAUAAUUAAUUGCACCUACCUGGUGUCCCAGGUCUAAAUCAAUCCCUGAUUAGAGGGCAAUAAUGAAAUAUUCAGUGCAACUGGCAUCGAGGUCCAGAGAUGAGUGUGAUGGGUUUAGUGCCAGGAUGCAUGUUUUGGACUAUUUUUUAUUCUGUACAGGAUUCCUUCUUUUCACUCUGUCAAUUAGUUGUGGAGUAACUACAAUGUUGUUGAUCCAGCCUCAGUUUUCUCCUAUCACAGCCAUUAAACUCUGUAAAUGUUUCAAAUUCACAAUUGGCCUCAUGGUGAAAUCCCUGAGCGGUUAUCUUCCUCUGUGGCAACUGCGUGAAAGACGUCUGUAUCUUUGUAGUAACUGGGUGUAUUGAUACACCAUCCAAAGUAUAAUUAAUUACUUCAUCAUGCUCAAAGGGAUAUUCAAUGUCUGCUUUUUUCAUUGUUUUUUCAUAGGUGCUCUUCUUUGUGAGGCAUUGGAAAACCUCCCUGGUCUUUGUGGUUGAAUCUGUUUUUGAUAUUCACUGCUCGACUGAGGGACCUAACAGAUUAUUGUAUGUGUGGGGUACAGAGAUGAGGUCGUCAUUUAACUUAUUAUGUGACUUGUUAAGUAAAUGUUUAUUCCUUAACUUAUUUAGGCUUGCCAUAACAAAGGGGUUGAAUACUUAUUGAAUCAAAACAUUUCAGCUUUUCCUUUUUAAUACAUUCGUAACACAUACAUAAUUCCACUAUGACAUUAUGGGGUAUUGUGUGUAGGCCAGUAUAAAAAAAAAUCUAAAUUGAAUACAUUUCGAAUUCAGGCUGUAACACAAUAAAAGGUGUAAAAAGUCAAUGGGUGUGAAUACGUAUGAAGGCACUAUAUAUCAACACACAGUCAAUGUCCAAGCUGAGAAGAAAAAGAAAAGCCUGCAGCACUGUCAACAUCAAAAAAGUUUUUUUACUUUCGCAGUGGAAUUUUUGCACAUAAUGGCGAUCGCCGCCUCAUGUUGACAAAACAGCUGCUCGCUCACCUGAGAGCAAGGCCCAGGCUUGUAAACAUUGCGACACACUGGAUUCCUGCAGGCAACUGACAAGGAUAUGACUGGAGCACCCCUUCCUUCCACAGGAGACCAAUGAUUAAUCAUUUACUGGGUCAUUGAAACUCUUUACCUGCUGUACACUAUUUAUGUGGUUAAACCACUCUUUGUGUAAAAGGAAAAGCUUCAUUAAAACACAUUUUUCCUCUAA